ACUACUCGCGAGGAAGUAGGUACAUUUAAAGCGAUCGUGUUGAUAUAUGGUCAGUUGCCCGCUAGUUUUCUGCGGUAGAGGGUGAUAUUUAAUUUCUGCAAAAAGAAAAAUAUUUGAAGUGAACUUAAGUAUUCUGUGUUAUUAAUGUCCUAAUAGUGAAUAAAUUAAAUUAAGAAUUUUAAUCCUGAAAAGUUUUAAAGAACAAAUAAUUAUUCAAUGCAAAAAUAGGUUGUUAUAAUUACAUAUUAACCCACCUUAAAGGAUUACUCCAAGGACACUUUACAAAUCAAAAUGGAUUUGCUAAAAUAUUUAAGGGCAGCCGGACUAUUUUCUUGUAUUCUGUUUGUGCUGAUACAAUCUUCAUCCAGUAGAUACCAUGGAAAAAGGCACAAACGACAAUAUGGCGCACAUAUGUACCUACCAGAGAGCUAUAUAGUUCCUAACGGAGAAGGUGAGGCUCAUGAAUGGAGUGAUUGGAGCUCUCCAUCUGAAUGUUCGAGAUCAUGUGGAGGCGGCGUUUCUUUUCAAACGAGGGAGUGUUUGUCAUAUCGAUCCAAGGGGAUGCAGAAUUGUAUAGGUGGAUCACGAAAGUACUUUUCUUGCAACACACAGGACUGUCCGGAUGAAGAUCCCGACUUUCGCGCUCAGCAAUGCUCUAGAUUUGAUAAUGUUCCUUUUGAUGGGGUACGCUAUCAAUGGGUACCUUAUACCAAUGCUCCGAAUCCAUGUGAGCUAAAUUGUAUGCCAAGAGGAGAACGAUUCUAUUAUAGACACAAAGCAAAAGUAAUUGAUGGAACAAGGUGCAAUGACAAAUCUUUAGACGUAUGCGUUGAUGGCGAAUGCAAACCUGUAGGAUGUGACAUGAUGCUUGGCUCAAAUGCCCGAGAAGAUAAGUGCAGAAAAUGCGCUGGAGACGGAAGCUCCUGCAAAACUAUUUCUGGAUCAUUUGACACGAACGACCUGGCCGCAGGCUACAACGAUAUCCUUUUAAUUCCAACUGGAGCUACGAACAUUGUGUUAAAAGAGAAAGAACCUUCAAAUAACUACCUAGCUUGCAGAAACCUAACUGGACAUUUCUAUCUUAAUGGAAAUUGGCGAAUAGAUUUCCCUCGACCAAUGCUGUUUGCCGGAUCAUGGUGGCAUUAUCAACGAAAGCCAACCGGAUUUGCUGCACCAGACCAACUUACCUGUAGCGGUCCAACUACUGAAACAAUAUAUAUCGUUAUGCUUAUACAAGAUCGCAACGUAGGUGUUAAGUAUGAAUAUAGUAUUCCGGAAACUGUUUCGAAGAAUUUUCCGGAUACGUAUUCAUGGACGCACAUGGAAUUUGGUCCAUGCAGUGUGUCCUGUGGUGGUGGCACUCAAAGCAGAAAUGUAACUUGUAACAAUCGACUUACAUUGGAAGAAGUCGAUGAAAGUCUUUGUGAUGCCAAUACAAAACCCAAUAAUGUACAAGCAUGUGGCACUGAAGAGUGCGCUCCAAGUUGGGUGGAAAAACCUUGGGGCAAGUGUUCAAAAUCAUGUGGAAAAGAUGGCACUCAAAACCGAACUGUGUCUUGUGAACGAAUUUCGCCAAACGGGUCUGCAAGUAUUUUGAAUGACAGCGUUUGUUUGAACGCUUUGGGAAGUAAGCCUGCAGAAACUAGAGAUUGCAAUAGAGAUAUAGAAAACUGUCCAAAGUUUCAUAUAGGACCUUGGACUCCGUGCAACAAACUUUGCGGCGAAGGUAAAAGAACAAGAAAAGUGACAUGUUUUAAAGAAGAAGACGGUAAGAAAAAAAUUUUGCCGAGUGAAGAAUGUUCGGAAGAAAAACCUAAUACUGAAGAAGUUUGUAUGCUGGCGCCAUGCGAGGGAGUUGAUUGGAUAGUUUCACAAUGGAGUGGGUGUGAAAAGUGUGGACAGACAAAAGAAACAAGGACAGCAUUAUGCGGUUCAAAGACUGGAAAAGUGUAUGAUGACAAAUUUUGUUUGUUGGAAAAACCUUCUUUAAUCAGGCCCUGUAGCUCUGUAAAAUGUAAAAUACAAUGGUUUACUUCUCAAUGGAGUGAAUGUUCUGCCAAAUGUGGUACAGGAAUUCAGUCUCGCAUCGUAAUAUGUGCAGAAUUCGAUGGUUUAAAACUUACACGAGCUCUUGAUGAGUCUGAGUGCAAUUCUUUAGAUAAACCAAGUACUGAGCAAAAAUGUGAAGGAGAUCAAAAAGACUGUCCUGGUGAAUGGUUCACAGGGCCAUGGGGAGAAUGUAGUAAGAUCUGCGGUGGUGGACAAAGAUAUCGCGAAGUGCUUUGCUUAGCAAAUGGAUCAAAAGCUUCGAAUUGUGAAGAAUCAAAAAUUGAAUUUGGUUCUGAAAAUUGCAAUACCGAACCAUGUACUGAUGAUGAACUUAUUCCAAUAGAUACAAAUAAGUCCAUUGAAGAUGAAUUUGAAAGUGGUGAAGAUUGUGACGAAGAUGAAGAUGAAUAUGACAAAUCUGAACUUCCACCAACAAAAAUUAAAGAAAACUUAGAAGUUCUUGAAGGUUCGGACAUUGAUAUUACUGAUGGAUCUGGAGAGGGAAGUGGUGAAACAGAUACAGAUAUAACUUCUGAAAAUAUUUCAACAGUUUUCGAAUCAACAUCCGACAGUAAAGUCGAUUCAACAACAGAUGACCCUAAUUAUACAACCACGGUCACUACCUUAGAUACAACAUUUGAUAGCAGCUCAACAAAACCAACAGAUCUUUUUGGCAGUACGGAGACAUUACAAACAACAGAGGCAGCAACAGAAAUUAAUACUGAUCUUAACACAUAUAAUCCAAAAUACACAACGCUAGAGGGUGACCUAGAAACAACAUUUAAUAGCGGUUCAACGACUCCAGAUAACGUUUUCACAAGCGUUGCGACCAAUUCGGAUACAACGGAAUCCGCAAAUUCUGACAAAACUACCGAAACAAGCAAUUAUUCAACUACUGAAGAUGGAACACCUACAACGCCAAUUAAGAGCACAGAUACAACAUUUGAAAGUAGCUCACAAAGUUCAGAAUAUCCUGUGACGAGCAGUGUUACUAACACGGAUGCAUCACAAACAACUGAAGAAGUUACAACUUCAGAGAGCUCUACGAUUUCAGAAAACUCGGAAUCAACUACAGAAUCAACAACUGAAAUAAACACCAGUUCAACUUUCGAAGAGACAGAGUCUACAACGCCAAGUACAGAUAUAACUUCUGAGAUCAGCUCACAGACUUCUGAUCUUACUACAGAGUCUUCACAAACAACUGAAGAUACAACAACAUCGUCAUAUGCAAACACCGAAUCAACAACAGAAAUAAAUACUGAUUCAACAUCAGAUGAAAGUACAACCCCAUCCAGUAUCACGGACACAACAUUUGAUAGCAGUUCGCAAACAACUGAUAUUUCAAUGACUGGUAGUGACAGCAGUACAGAUACAUCAAAAACAACUGAAGAAUCAACCAGCUCAGAUUUUACAACAUCAGAAAGUUCAACAAUUUCCGCAACCUCUGAUUCAAUUCAAAAAUCAACAACAGAAAUGGACGUUGAUUCAACGUCGGAAAUAGAAGACAACGCUUCAACAAUUAGUAGCACAGAUUUUACACAAACCUCAAAUGACAUUACAGGUUCCACUAAUGUUGAUGAUUUAUCUACUUCUUCCAUAACUGAACAAACAACAAUACAGGAUACUGACGAAAGCACGACUAUAAUUUCAACUCAGCUAUUUGAGAGCAUUGCAACUGAUUUAACCACAGUUGAUAUUUGGGAGUCUGAGGAAAAUUAUUCGAAAACAACUCCUAAUAGUAUAAAUGCUGUUAUUGAAAUGGAACUGAAGCCGAAAUCUAAAAAAUGCAAGCCCAGAAAACCAAAGAAACUUACUUGUACACUAUCCAAAUUUGGAUGUUGUCCUGAUAAGAAAACACAUGCUAAAGGUCCUUUCGGCUUAGGUUGUCCUGUAAUAAAAACUUGCUCAGAUUCUAAAUUCGGUUGCUGUUUAGAUGGUCUUUCACCAUCUCAGGGUACAAAAUAUGAAGGCUGUCCAACGUCAUUGUGUGCAGAAACAUUAUUUGGUUGCUGCUUAGAUAAAUUCACACCUUCUGAAGGGGAAGAUUAUGAGGGAUGUCCGUCACCUACAACAAUUCCACCUACAACUAAUCCAAUUACAACUACCAAGGAAAACGAAGAAACUUCUCUAACGACGGAUCUAACUCAGAGUUCAUUUGAAUUGUCUACAGAACCUAAUUCUAACGAUUUCACAACCCAACAAAGUGUUACAGAGCUAACAGAUGCAACCGAAGGUACAGAAGAACCAACUGUUUAUGAUGAAAAUGAUUGUACUAAAUCAUCGUUCGGAUGCUGUAAGGACAGAAAAACAUCAGCUCGGGGUCCAAAUGAGGAAGGAUGUCCAUUAUGUUCUCAAGAACCGUAUGGAUGCUGUCCAGAUGGUCUUACUCCCGCUCAUGGUGAAUUAGGGGAAGGGUGUUGUCUUAACACUCAAUAUGGUUGUUGUCCUGACAAUAUUCAAGCUGCUACGGGUCCUAGUUUCCAAGGGUGUAGUUGUGCAAAUACAGCAUUUGGUUGCUGUCCCGACAAUAUUACCGCUUCUCGCGGUUACAAUAAUGAGGGAUGUGGUUGUGAAUCCACUAAAUUUGGCUGUUGUCCUGAUAAAAUUACUGUAGCUCUUGGGCCAAAGUUUUCUGGUUGCCCGUGCCAUACAAUGCAAUUCGGAUGCUGUCCUGAUGGAAUAACUAUAUCACAAGGUCCACAUCAUUACGGUUGCUAUUGUUCACAAACUCAGUUUAAAUGCUGUUCUGAUGAAAAAACACCAGCCAAGGGACUAAAUUAUGAAGGCUGCACUUGUGCUGAAAGUAAGUUUGGAUGUUGUCCAGAUGGAAUAACUGAAGCGCAAGGUCAUAAAUUUGAAGGCUGCAAAAACGUAAUAGAGUCCCCUCAAAAAUCAUGUGGACUCCCAAAAGACCAAGGCAGAAAAUGUAGUAAUUUCGCCAUUAAAUACUUUUUUGACACGUCAUAUGGUGCAUGCACUCGAUUUUGGUAUGGUGGAUGUGAUGGAAAUGGAAACAGGUUCGAGACAGAAAGUGAAUGCAAAAAUACAUGUCAGGAGUACAGUGGUAAGGAUAAGUGUUUGCUACCCAAAAACUCCGGACCUUGCCCAGGUUCCCAGAAAAAAUGGUAUUUCGAUUCUGAUCGAAACCGAUGCGAAGAGUUUAAUUAUGGUGGAUGCUAUGGUACCAGCAAUCGUUUUGAUACUAUUGAAGAGUGUAGGGCACAAUGUUCUGUUGAAGAAAGUUUACCGCCAUGCGAACAACCAAUGGACAAAGGACCCUGUGAUGGUAAUUUUGAAAGGUGGUUCCAUGAUAAUGAAACAAAUACAUGUCGUCCAUUUACUUAUGGCGGUUGUAAGGGCAAUAAAAACAACUAUAAGACUGAACAUGCUUGCAACUACCACUGCCGUCAACCUGGAGUACAUAAAGAACUUUGUUCACUUCAUAAAGAAACUGGUAACUGCGGUGGUAACCAUGCACGUUGGUACUACUCUGAAAGUAACCAAAAAUGCUUGCCUUUCUACUACUCUGGCUGUGGGGGAAACAAAAAUAAUUUCCAAAAUUUGGAGUCUUGUGAGGAAAAUUGCCCUAAAUCAAUAGCUAAGGAUAUUUGCGAAAUACCAGCAAUGGUAGGUGAGUGCCAAAACUAUACUGCCCGAUGGUACUGGGAUACCAAAGACACCCGCUGCCGACAAUUUUAUUAUGGUGGAUGUGGCGGAAAUGAAAACAAUUUUGAGCACGAGCAUGAAUGUUUACAACGCUGUGAAAAGAAACCUGAAGAGCUAGCUAUUAAUGAAAUAAGCCCCAAUAACACUCCUCAAAUAAAUUCCAAUAAUGCUCCUGAAAAUGCAGUCACAAGUGAAGAAAAGUGCUUUGAGCCACCUAAGGCUGGUGACUGUGAUAAAGAGCUACUUCGUUGGUUUUAUGACGCUGAUAAUGGCAUUUGUGAAAGGUUUAUUUACAGUGGUUGUCAUGGAAACAAUAAUAAUUUUGAUUCAGAAGUGGAAUGUGAAGAAAGUUGUUUCCAUGUGCAUUCAACUUGCUUACUCCCACCCCUUUACGGUCACGGAAAUGAAACGACAACAAGAUGGCAUUAUGAUAAACCUAAUAAACGCUGUUUAGAAUUUGAGUUUGCGGGACUUGGUGGUAACCGUAAUAAUUUUAUUAAUGAGCAGGAAUGCAUGGAAUACUGCUCCGAGGAGGAAGAAGCUAGUUCGGAUGAAAACAAAUGCAAUCUUCCCCUGGAUAAUGGUGGUGAUUGUAAAGAAAACAUUUUAUCUUGGUAUUACAAUAAAGACUCGAGACAAUGUGAACACUUUUAUUACACAGGCUGUAAUGGUAAUGAAAAUCGUUUUGAAAAUCGUGAGCACUGCGAACAAAAGUGUGUUAAACCAAAAUUAAAGGAUUACAGCACAAAGCCAUCAGUAACCAAAUGUGAAUCUGCUGUUGAACAAUGCCGUAUGUUGCAAUGUCCGUUUGGAGUGAGAUCUGAACGAGGUGCUGAUGGAUGCGAACGAUGUGACUGUUUUAAUCCUUGUGCUGAUCAUACAUGCUCUAGUGAAGAAAAAUGCACGGUUGAUAUAUCAAGUGAUCCUUCUUCGAAAACGAAGUUUUUGCCCAUAUGUAGAGAGGUUAAUAAAAAUGGAAUCUGUCCCAAACUGUCUAAUAGUUCAGAUUGUCGCCGUGAAUGCUAUGACGAUGCUGAUUGCAGAGAUGAUAACAAGUGCUGUUCUGAAGGAUGCAACCACGUUUGCGUUCGUCCUUAUCAGCCUUCAUUACAUCCCACUACAGUGACUCCUAUCGCUUCGAGAACUGAAAUGAUACAGCCAGGAGAAUCGGCUGCUUCAUUAGAACCAAAAACUUCCAAGGAAGUUGAAGUAACUAGCUCUGUUGGAAGUACAGCACUUCUCAGGUGUUUUGCUACUGGAAAUCCACCGCCAGUGGUAACGUGGAAACGUGGAGCUAUUUUGAUCGACACAAACAAUGGGCGCUUUAUAUUGAGUUCAUCAGGUGACCUAUCUAUUGUUCAAGUACACCAGUCUGACAGUGGCUCAUACAUUUGUGUUGCGUCGAAUGGACUUGGAGCACCAGUGUCACGUGAAGUAAACCUUCAAGUACCAGUUUCUAAAAAGAACAUUCCAGCUUACAUACAUGGCCCUAAAAAUAUAACACAAAUCGUAACAUUAAAACAACCAGCUAUGAUACGAUGCCCUGCGGGAGGUUAUCCAAAACCGCAUGUUAAUUGGUGGCGUGGAAAAACUAGAAUGCCUUAUACUACUCUUCGUUAUGAUACAAAGCGUGAUUACUCAUUGGUAUUUCGCAGUAUCGAAUUGACAGAUUUAGGGCCAUACGAAUGUUCGGCUUGGACUGGGCAUGGAAAACCCGCUUCAAAGAUAGUAAUUCUUAAAGCAGUAGGUCCUGUGCAUGAUAUUAGUCCAAAGGAACCGUACUUAAAGUAUAUCAUUGACCCCGCUACAUUGCCUAGUACUUCUAAACCUGUUAAUUCUUUCAACCCACAACUAUCGAAAACUGGACCCUCUCAAGCACAAGUUGUUGAUUUGGGUCAAAACGUUAUAACUCCUCCCCCAUAUAAAAAAUCGGUUGCUGCAACCGCUUUACUUAGGCGAGACUCGAGCAACAAUUAUACUGUUGGAUCAGAUAUUGUUCUUACGUGUAUUGUUGAAGGGUACCCCACUCCAAAUGUGGCUUGGUUUAAGGACAGUAAACAGCUGUUCUCCUCUAACAGAGUUCAAAUAACUGAAAAUCCGCAUCGACUGUUAAUAUUCAAAGUAACAGCGGAGGAUUCUGGCUACUACAAGUGCACAGCAAGAAACACAUUUAGUUUUAACACCAGUGAAGAAAAGGUGUUAGUAGAAUCUGGAGAACAAGUUAGUGCUGACUGUACGGAUAAUAUUUUGUUUGCCAAUUGUGCUCUUAUAGUCAAAGGAAGGUACUGUUCGAAUAGUUACUACCGAAAAUUCUGCUGCAGGUCUUGCACACUUGCUGGACAGCUGCCUGGUGGACACCCAAAUUCUUUAUAACAAAUUUAAUUUAAGAAGCUUUAAUUUUAAAUAAGUCUUAUUUUAUAAUACAAUUUUUACUAUUCGCUUUUGACAACCUCAGGCCAGUAAUUAUAAUAGUUUAAAAACUUAACCAAAAAAUGAGAUGUUAAUUGAACGACUCUUGAAAGAGAUGAACGAGCUUAUAUUCAAAAGUAGCUCAUAAUAGUAAAUAAAGUUUAACUUGUUCCUAUUUAUUAACGCUAUGGGCUUUUGAAGUAAUUUUAAAUUUGCAUUUUUAAUCAUAAUAAUGAUUUUAUAAUUCCAUUUCAAUUGUAUUAAAUUAGAUAUUAUAUAAUUGAAAAAGUAUAAUCUCAGUAUUAAUGUAUGACUUAAGAACAUUGGGUGAGUUCCGAAAUUAUAAGAACAAAAUAUGUUUUUUGUAAAUAAAUGAAACACCCGAUCCGAAUAUAAAAAAAUAACGAAUAAAUUUUAAAUAUUUCCAAAAAAUG